AUGUGUAAAACUAGUAAUGAUAAUUCACUAAAUGAUGAAACUUUAGUUUUGCCCAAAAAAUCUGAUUUUGGCCAAAGAUUACAUGAAUUUGGCCUCAAAUUUGAUGACAUUAUUGGCCGAUGUUUUUAUAGAUAUGGAUUCAUUUGUUCCCAAAGUAUAUUACUUCCGGUGAUUGGCGUCGCGAUAGCCGUCGGUCUAUCGGUGGGAAUAGUGACCAGUUUUGAGGCCAUUACUGAUCCGGUAGAGCUCUGGUCGGCGCCGACGAGUCGGGCCCGCAAUGAGAAAGAAUUUUUUGAUAAAAACUUCAGCCCUUUCUAUAGAACCCAACAAAUUAUAAUUAGUCCCAAAAAUCAGACAUUUUUCACACACGAAGACCCGUCGGACCCGAAAAACGCCACCAAAAGCCGUACAUUCGGUCCGGCGUUUGACAAACAAUUUCUAUUACAAGUACUGGACUUACAGUUAAAAGUAAUGGCUUUGAGGGCAAAAGUGGGCGACAAAGAGGUUGUGUUGACUGAUCUGUGUUUUGAUCCGAUGAAGAAUAAGAAGUGCGCGAUUCAGACACCGUUGGGUUGGUUUCAGAGCAACGGAUCACUACUGGACCGGACGUACGACAACUCGGGCGCUGUGUAUAACUAUUUGGAUCAUGUGAUUAAAUGUACGGGUGAUAUGGUUGCACAGGUGGAUGGCAAUUAUGGUGACCUGUCGUGCGCCGGUAGGUUUGGCGGACCCAUGUUUCCCAAUGUAGUGUUGGCCGACUUUAACGAGUCUAUGCCAGAGCCCGACGCCUUUCUCACCUCCCGGUCUGUUGUCAUAACAGUAUUGCUUAACAAUCAUAUCGAGGCCACAGAUAAUGCCGCUGCCAUGGCGUGGGAACAGGUGUUUUUGGAUCUGCUGCACAGCUAUAGUAAUCCUAACUUUACUUUUGUCUAUUAUUCUGAGCGUUCAGUUGAGGACGAGAUAAACCGAUUAAGCAAAUCAAGUUUAUUGAGUUUAUGUGGCGUUAAGUCAACGCUUAUUAUCGUCGAAGUCAUACCAUUCCUGGUUCUGGCCGUCGGAGUCGACAAUAUCUUCCUUUUGGUUCAGAACUUUCAGCGCCAGUCGUUUGGCAAAGACGUGGAGAUAUCUGAUCAGAUGUCGACUGUCCUCCAGAGUGUGGCGCCGUCUAUACUAUUGGCCACAUUUGCCGAGUCGUCGUGUUUUUUCUUGGGUUCACUCACUUCUAUGCCCGCCGUCCGGGUCUUCGCACUCAACGCUGGAUUAGCUCUUGUCAUAGCAUUUAUACUACAAAUGAUUGUUUUCAUACCAUUACUAGUCUUCGACACAAAGAGACAGUUAGACAAUAGAUAUGAACUCUUCUGUUGUGUUCGACAACACAAGAAACUCGAAGACAAUGAAGAUAUGGAUAAGAGGGGUAUUCUCUAUAAAUUCUUUGAACAAAUUUACGCACCAUUUCUGAUGAAAGACUUCAUCCGAGUGUCUGUCAUCAUAAUCUUUAUUGGAUGGUUGUGUGCGUCAAUCGCUGUGAUCAACAAACUAGAUGUAGGUCUCGACCAGAAGCUGUCGAUGCCUUCGGACUCAUAUUUGAUCCCGUAUUUCGACGCUCAGAUGAAUAGCCUGCGAGUGGGAGCGCCCGUGUAUUUCGUGGUGAGCGGUGAAUACGAUUACGCGCACAAACAGGACCUGUUGUGUGGGAGCGCCGGCUGUUACCAGAAGUCAUUGUCGGCCCUAUUGAUCGACGCGUCCAAACGGAGCAAUGAGUCCUACAUAUCGUCAACUGUGCCCAACAGUUGGGUCGACGACUACAUAGGUUGGGGUAAGAAAACCAGUUGUUGUCGAUUACAUGACUACGAUGUGCGCAAAUUUUGCUCCUCUACCGAUCCUAAUACGGCUAAUGACUGUCAAUACUGUACACCCAGCUCUGGGAAGCCGUAUCCGGCAUUUCAACCAUUUGUAGACCUCAAACGCCUUGUGGUUUAUGAGGACCUGUUUUACGACCCGCGGCUCCAGUAUUUUUUGCAGGACAUUCCCAACUCUAAAUGCCCUUACGCGGGUGGCCCGGCGUACGAACCGUACGUGCACUUGGAUUACAGUCGCUAUACCAUAUCACCCAUUAAGGCCUCGUCGUUUAACGCAUACCACACGGUAUCCAAGAAUUCACAGGAUUUCAUAUCGUGUCUCAAAAACGCCAGAAUAUUAGCCGAAACAAUGACCCAAUCUAUCAAUAGCCAGAAUAAAGGCGCCGAUCAGUACGUAGAGGUCUAUCCCUAUAGUGUUUUCUAUGUAUUCUACGAGCAAUACCUGACCAUUUGGAUGGACACUAUCAAGAAUCUUGGCAUCGCUAUCGCCGCUAUAUUUGUGGUCACUUUUAUAUUCUUGGGCUUUGAUUUAAUGUCAUCACUCAUUAUUGUCGUUACAAUUGUGGCCAUUGUUAUAGACUUAAUGGGAGUUAUUGGAGUUUUGUUCGCAUAUAACGCGUGGAUAUGCUAUGAGUUUGAGGACCACUCGUGUGGAGAGAGCGGAGGAAUCGUUGGCCAGAAUCGGGUCAUCAGUUCUGUUACGAAGAGCCGCGAAGUGGCCCUCGAGUACGCCAAACAGUACUACGAGCUCUUCUAUAAGACCGUCGAUGAGAUACUGACGACGAUUGUGGAAAAGGGCGCACAGUUUCAGAUGAAUGAGUACGUGUCGGCCAUUCAGCUGUUGCACCGGUCGGUGGCCGGCACUCAGCAGCAGUCACUCGACUCGGCUCUUAAGCGUCUCACAGAGAUCCUCAAUGAAGUGGCCGUUUCUCUGGCCGCCCAAUACCAGCCCUCAGUCACCCAUUUACUAACGAGCCAGAUAUUCCCCAUACCCUGUGUAGUGGACGCACAGCCGCAACCAUUGAAUCAAACCAACGUGGAUGAGCUGAAAAAGAUUGUACCUGAGCUAUUCACUGACGCAAAUCCGGUAUUUUGCUGCGACGAUGACCAGGCGUACGCGAUGUUGCAUGAUCAAAUAGCGAAGGCGGAUUUCAUCUCGCGGUGUCCGUCGUGUUACGUAAACUUUGCCAAAACCCUAAUACACAUGUCGUGCAGUCCCCGUCACCGCGAGUUUCUCAAAGUGACCAAAAGCGAAAAGCUUAAGGAUUCGGACAAAUAUAUGCUCAAAGAGUUGUCCUAUUAUAUGACCAAUCGGUACGCGAACUCGUUUUACAACUCGUGCUCAUCGGUGGCGUUCCCCUCCGGCUCGUCCACUGUCAUGAAGCUUCUGUGCGGAACAUACGGUGCCGAACACUGUUCGGCGGCCAGACUUCUGGAGACAAUGGGACACUUUGAUCCGUCGCCGAUGCAAAUCAACUUCAAACUAACCGACAGCGCGACCAUUGAUGACCGAAAACCAAUGGACGAUAAGACCUAUUCGUGCGCUGAGGCGCCCAAAGCCUACUCUACAAUGGUGUGCAGUUGCGGCGACUGUCCCGUCAUAUGUCCGGUCGGCGGGCAGUUGGCGUACGCCGAGCCCGACUCCGUGUGGCAGGUGUGGGGCGUCAAUGGUAUGUGGGUUUGUAUGGCUUUCGUCUAUUUGGUCCUAUUUAUGGUGAUUGUCAUUGGAUUUGUGAUUUGCUAUCGCCGUAAAAGAGCUCGCGGCCACAAGUCUAGUGAGAACAGAGGAUCCAAUGCCCAGAAGACAUCGGGUUUUGGUCAGAAUGUGCACGAAUUUGGCCUACAAUUUGACGAUACGAUACGUGAGUGGUUCGGCCGUUACGGGCGCUUCUGUUCGCGUCGGCCGUGGAAUGUGAUCCUUCCUCUCGUCGGCGUCGCGGCUGCCGUCGGCCUAUCGGUGGGAAUACUGACUAGUUUUGUGGCGAUGAUAGAUCCGGUGCAGCUCUGGUCGGCGCCCACCAGUCGGGCCCGAAGCGAGAAAGACUUCUUCGACAACAGUUUCGGACCAUUCUAUAGGACGGCGCAGAUAAUCAUUUGGCCCAACAAUAAGACCACGUUUGAACACUUUUACCUCGAGGACGAAAUAACAAACAGCACCAAAACCAUUGGUCCGGUGUUUGAAAAGCAAUUUUUACUACAAGUGCUGGACUUGCAGUCAAAAGUGCUUAAUCUGACCGCAAAUGUUGCCGACAAAGAGGUUGUGUUGAGUGAUAUCUGUUUCGAUCCGAUGAAGAAUAAGAAGUGCGCGACUCAGACACCGUUGGGUUGGUUCCAGAAUGACAUCGAUAUGUUAAAUAAGACACGUAUUGACGAAGACCUAAAUCAUGAAUACAAUUACCUUGAUCACUUCAUCUCAUGCACGGCAAACCCUACGAGUCAAUACGAUAAGUUCAUUGAGACGACGUGUGCGGGCACUUUUGGCGGACCCAUGUUUCCCAACGUAGCGCUCGGCGAUACCGAUGAGGACAUGCCAGAGCCCGACCGAUUCAUGACCGCCCGGUCUCUGGUUAUUACGAUAUUGAUUAACAAUAAUGUCGACGACGACAAUAAGACCGAUGCCAUGGCCUGGGAAAAGGUGUUUCUUGAUUAUAUGCAUAGUUAUAGUAAUCCUAACUUCACGUUUGUCUUCUUCGCAGAGCGUUCGCUUCAGGACGAGAUCGACAGACUUAGCAAAUCAAGUAUCGGUUUAUUGAGUUUAUGUGGCGUUAAGUCAACGCUUAUUAUCGUCGAAGUCAUACCAUUCCUGGUUCUGGCCGUCGGAGUCGACAAUAUCUUCCUUUUGGUUCAGAACUUUCAGCGCCAGUCGUUUGGCAAAGACGUGCAGAUAUCGGAUCAGAUGGCGGCUGUCCUCCAGAGUGUGGCGCCGUCUAUACUAUUGGCCACAUUUGCCGAGUCGUCGUGUUUUUUCUUGGGUUCACUCACUUCUAUGCCCGCCGUCCGGGUCUUCGCACUCAACGCUGGAUUAGCUCUUGUCAUAGCAUUUAUACUACAAAUGAUUGUUUUCAUACCAUUACUAGUGUUCGACACAAAGAGACAGUUAGACAAUAGAUAUGAACUCUUCUGUUGUGUUCGACAACACAAGAAACUUGAAGACAAUGAAGACAUGGAUAAGAGGGGUAUUCUCUAUAAAUUCUUUGAACAAAUUUACGCACCAUUUCUGAUGAAAGACUUCAUCCGAGUGUCUGUCAUUAUAGUAUUCAUGGGAUGGUUGUGUGCGUCCAUCGCUGUGAUCAACAAACUGGAUGUCGGUCUCGACCAGAAGCUGUCGAUGCCUUCCGACUCAUAUCUGAUUCCGUAUUUCGACGCUCAGAUGAAUAGCCUGCGAGUGGGAGCGCCCGUGUAUUUUGUAUUGAAGGGUGAAUACGAUUACGCGCACAAACAGGACCUGUUGUGUGGGAGCGCCGGCUGUUACCAGAAGUCAUUGUCGGCGCUAUUGAUUGACGCGUCCAAACGGAGCAACGAGUCCUACAUAUCGUCAACUGUGCCCAACAGUUGGGUCGACGAUUACAUAGGUUGGGGUAAGGGAUCCAAAUGUUGUCGACUACAUGACUAUGAUGUGCGCAAAUUUUGCUCCUCUACCGAUCCUAAUACUGCUAAUGACUGUCAGGUGUGUACACCCAGCUCUGGGAAGCCGUAUCCGGCAUUUCAACCAUUUGUAGACCUCAAACGCCUUGUGGUUUAUGAGGACCUGUUUUACGACCCGCGGCUCCAGUAUUUUUUGCAGGACAUUCCCAACUCUGCCUGCGCUAAAGCGGGUGGCCCGGCGUACGGACCGUACGUGCAUUUGGAUUACGAUCGCUAUACUAUAUCACCCAUUAAAGCCUCGUCGUUCAACGCAUACCACACAACGUCAAAGAAUUCACAGGAUUUCAUAUCGUGUCUUAAAAACGCCAGAAUAUUAGCCGAAACAAUGACCCAAUCUAUCAAUAGCCAGAAUAAAGGCGCCGAUCAGUACGUAGAGGUCUAUCCCUAUAGUGUUUUCUAUGUAUUCUACGAGCAAUACCUGACCAUUUGGAAAGACACCAUCAUGAAUCUAGGCAUCGCUAUCGCCGCUAUAUUUGUGGUCACUUUUAUAUUCUUGGGCUUUGAUUUAAUGUCAUCACUCAUUAUUGUCUUUACAAUUGUGGCCAUAGUUAUAGACUUAAUGGGAGUCAUGUUUUGGGCUAAUGUAUCAUUGAAUGCCAUAUCACUCGUCAAUCUCGUUAUGUCUGUGGGCAUUUCAGUGGAGUUUUGUUCGCAUAUAACGCGUGGAUAUGCUAUGAGUUUGAGGACCACUCGUGUGGAGAGAGCGGAGGAAUCGUUGGCCAGAAUCGGGUCAUCAGUUCUG